AUGUCUUCCACCUCCGUCCCCCUAUCUCGCACCCUCCUCCUCACCGUGACCUGGUGUAUCGCUGUUGUUGCAUCGUCUGUUGGUCUGAAUGCUUUGAUCAAGUCCAACCAAGAUAAAUCUCGGUUGAAGAAGCUCGCUCCCCCUCCUUCCGUUGUAGAGAUUAACACCGACUCCAUAUACAAUGCCGGAAUCGUAGCGACCACAGCAUCCCUGCUCAUCGCUGUUAUCCUCUCAAAAUUGAUCAUCGCCCCCUACCUCCCCUUUACCAAAUCAUUUGCAGCGAGAACUCUGCGAGCUCAGUCGAUUAUCCUCGGCCUUGCCUCAUUAUUCCUGCUCGGAAGUCUUAUUCCCUUUGUUGUCUUCUUUGCUACUGGCGAAGCCGAUGUGAAAGCCUUCAUUGGAUCCGUGCAACUUCCCGACUCUGCCGUCAAGGCUGUUGAAGCUAAUUCAGGAUCGACGAGAGUUUACAAGAUAUCGGAUAUCAAGCAGAACGCUGUCGCUGUUACCGAGCAAGAACCUUCAAGCCCUUCAAAGGCUUCCAUGAACGAGAAGGAGACCAUUUCGGAGAACGAGAAGUCGAGCGCCGUAUAA